AAGAAAAAAAUCCUUAAUAUAGAAAAGAAUUUAAUGUUAACUUAGGUAAUAUUUCCAGAAAAAAAUAUGAAUAUAAAGUGACAUGAGUAGAAAAUUGCUGGUCAUAAAAUCAAUUUAGCUUGUUAAAUACAGACGAACUGAUUGUUAAAUGAGUGUUAAUGGUGAAAGUUGUUUGAGGAAAUUAAUCUUAAUUGUGACCUGGCGCUCGUUGAUCAAUCCUCAACAUCGUUGAUACAAAAACCAAUAAUAUAUUGUGUGUGCUGAAGAUAGAAAAAGUAUUAAGCGAGUGUUGAUCCUUUAAGUACAGAGAAAACAGAUAUUAACAAAUAUUAACGUUAAAUAAAACUCUGGCAAGAAUGAGAAGACUUAAAAUAUUGUUGAUCUUAACAUUGUUAGAAAAACUGCAGUUAACUAACACCUGAUUCGUCAUUAAACUGCGUGUGAUACAUUUCAUCUUUUACAACAAUAUGUCUACGGCACGUGUGUUAAAUGUUAACGAACUGGUUGUUAAAUGAGUGUUAAUCUUAACAGGAUUUAAAAACCCUGCAGUAUGACAUGACAAAUUAUUGCUACCGUCUCACUAAGAGUACAAUAAACAACGGCCAUCCGUUAUAAAAAAAUAUCUGUUAAAUUUUAUGUAAAUAUGAUUUGCAUAAAAGAAAGUAUUAUUCCACAAAUUAAGAGAAAACUGAAACUUUCUCCUGCAUUUCAACAUUUAACUUGGUUUGAGAAACUGUUAAUGGUAUUAUGAUAGUUUACAAAGAAGCAUAGUUACGAUUUUUUUAUCGGUCGUCAGUAAAAUAAUGAUGCCUUAAUUUAAAUAAAUAUGUUUAAAGAAUAUAUACACCGAGAGGUGUAUGUCUCUCAGUGUAUAUAUAUACUGAGAGUUUACUUUAAAUCCUAUUUUAGGGAUUAAAGUAUUCUUGACAAGUAAUGAAGAGGUGACAUGUAGCCUUGUUGACCGUUGUGCAGUUGAGAGGCUUGAAGCCUAAGAAAUCAUCGCACAAUUGACGGCUUGAAACUUAGCGUCAGAACCAACAAGUCGUUACAUUAGUAAGACGGGUUUAGCUCUUGUUUUUUUUUUAACCAUAAGAAGCCAAGAAAGCAGUGCAAAAGGGUCAUCCCAAGAGCCAUCUCUUCAAUGCUCCAGCAAGCUAAGGCAAGACAGAAUCAGUCCGCCGCCAGACUACCCAAAUAUGAGAACGGCAAGACACUCUCUGUGAACGUAAACGGCGGUCGAGUCUACAAGACCUCAGACCGACACAGGGGGCGCCCCUCCCAACCACACACCUACUCCAGCAGUGCUUCCGUCAGUGCCAGCAGGUCCAUCUACCAGCAGGGCUCAGGAGCUGUACCUCAACCUGACCUACAAAUGAGCCCCCUAACAGUGCCUCUAUUGCCCCAUGUGCCCACCAGACCUGUCCUCAGCCAGCGUACCACGCCCCCUGUCAGGUCAUCGCGGGUAUACUCGGGUCGUCGCAGUUCUCCGGGUCGCCCUUACGCUCAUACUCAUGCCCAUGCCCAUACCCAUGGGCAAAACCAUCUUGUAGCGCAGAUACAGCUCCUGAGACCCAACAAUACACCAGUAUCAGUGGAGAAGGUAGAUCUUGACAGACGGGGUCUCACCUCCUGGCCUGUUGUUGGGACAGGUGACGAACCUGUUCGCCUGUUGUCCCUGCAACACAACCUGCUGACCCGGGUGGACCCGCCCUCACCAUCACCUUCUCUGGUCCUCCUGGACCUCUACCAUAACCACCUCCAUAACCUCCAUGGCCUCCACGCCUUCCCUAAUCUAAGAGUUCUAAUGCUGGCUAAGAACAGGUGA